GGGUGGAGGUCUCAAAGUGAAUUCCCACGGACUUUAUGGAAGUAGACAGCUGGAUAGAGAAGAGCUCAUACCAUGGCUCCAGCCAGGAGAAGCAGCAAGGUAUGCUUGGCAGUGACAAUGGACUAUUUAUUUGCAUCAGAUACUCUUAUAUGAAAACAUCACGUUUCCAAAGAGCUUAAACAGUACUUAAUCUGAAACAGAAUGGCAGGCUUCAAACGAGGAUAUGAUGGAAAAAUUGCAGGAUUGUACGACUUGGAUAAAACUUUGGGCAGAGGCCAUUUUGCUGUGGUCAAGCUCGCUCGGCAUGUCUUUACAGGUGAAAAAGUAGCAGUAAAAGUGAUUGACAAGACCAAACUGGACACUUUAGCCACUGGACAUCUUUUUCAAGAAGUUAGAUGCAUGAAACUAGUGCAGCAUCCCAAUAUAGUACGGCUGUAUGAAGUGAUUGACACCCAGACUAAGCUUUAUCUUAUCUUAGAGCUAGGUGAUGGAGGAGAUAUGUUUGAUUACAUCAUGAAACAUGAAGAAGGUCUGAAUGAGGAUCUGGCAAAAAAAUAUUUUGCUCAAAUAGUUCAUGCGAUAUCCUACUGCCAUAAACUGCACGUAGUUCAUAGAGACUUGAAACCAGAGAAUGUUGUCUUCUUUGAAAAACAAGGACUGGUGAAAUUGACUGAUUUUGGCUUCAGCAACAAAUUUCAACCUGGAAAGAAGCUCACCACAAGUUGUGGAUCUCUUGCAUAUUCUGCUCCUGAAAUUUUACUUGGGGAUGAAUAUGAUGCACCAGCAGUGGAUAUAUGGAGUUUAGGGGUCAUCCUCUUCAUGUUGGUUUGUGGACAGCCGCCAUUUCAAGAAGCAAAUGACAGUGAAACUCUGACUAUGAUAAUGGACUGCAAAUACACAGUGCCACCUCAUGUGUCCAAAGAAUGUAAAGAUCUAAUUACACGGAUGUUGCAGAGAGACCCGAAGCGAAGGGCAUCUUUGGAAGAGAUUGAAAACCAUGCAUGGCUCCAAGGAGUUGACCCAUCUCCUGCAACAAAGUACAAUAUUCCUCUUGUGUCAUAUAAAAACCUGUCUGAGGAGGAACACAACAGUAUCAUCCAACGCAUGGUUCUUGGUGAUAUAGCAGACCGAGAUACAAUAGUGGAGGCACUGGAGACUAACAAAUACAAUCACAUCACUGCUACUUACUUCUUACUAGCUGAAAGGAUUCUGCGAGAAAAACAAGAGAAAGAAAUUCAGACCAGAUCUGCAAGCCCUAGCAACAUCAAAGCUCAGUUCAGGCAGUCGUGGCCAACAAAAAUCGACGUACCCCAGGAUCUGGAGGAUGACCUUACAGCUUCUCCCCUCUCCCAUGCAACUGUUCCUCAGUCACCGGCUCGCACGGCUGAAAACGUUCUCAAUGGCCACAGAAGCAAGGCCCUUGGCGACUCGGCUAAGAAAGAAGAUAUCCCUGAAUUAGCCGGGCCGGCGCUUUCGGCAGUCCCUUCGGUGAGCUUGAAACCCACUACCAGUGGGCGGAAGUGCUUGUUCAGAGUAGAAGAGGAUGAAGAGGAGGAUGAAGAAGAUAAGAAACCUAUUUCUCUUUCUACUCAAGUUGUCCUGCGCCGUAAGCCUUCAGUUACAAAUCGUCUUACUUCAAGAAAGAGCGCACCGGUCCUCAAUCAGAUCUUUGAGGAGGGCGAGUCCGAUGAUGAGUUUGACAUGGAUGAGAACUUACCCCCAAAGCUGAGCAGGUUAAAAAUGAACAUUGCUUCCCCCAGCACAGUCCAUAAACGCUACCACCGGAGGAAAAGCCAGGGGCGGGGCUCCAGCUGCAGUAGCUCAGAAACAAGCGAUGACGACUCGGAAAGCCGGAGACGCCUGGACAAAGACAGCGGGUUUACCUACUCCUGGCACAGGCGGGACAGCAGCGAGGGGCCGCCGGGCAGCCAGGGAGAUGGCGGCGGGCAGAGCAAACCGAGCAACGGGAACGGGGGGGGAGACAAAACAAGCCCCAGUGACAACAACAAAGGUGGGGGGAGUCCCUCCGGCAGCUCCAGCGGCAGCACCAACAACACUUCGGGUUCCACUCGGAGAUGCGCUGGGCCCGGAAACUCGAUGCAGCUCUCGUCUCGAAGUGCAGGGGAACUGGUUGAAAGCCUGAAGUUAAUGAGCCUUUGCCUAGGUUCACAGAUUCACGGCAGCACUAAAUACAUUAUUGAUCCUCAAAACAGUCUGUCCUUUUCCAGUGUGAAAGUACAGGAGAAAUCCACAUGGAAAAUGUGUAUAAGUUCCAGCGGAAGCGCACACCAGGCUCCAUCGCUGGGCAACCUAAAAUUUUUUUCUGACCAGAUGUCAGACACAGCAAAUGAAUUGGAACGGAUAAAGAACAGGAACUUGAAAAACAAUGUGCUACAACUACCUCUCUGUGAAAAGACGAUAUCUGUGAAUAUUCAGCGGAACCCAAAGGAGGGGCUGCUGUGUACCUCCAGUCAAACCAGUUGUUGUCAUGUCAUUUGACGAUGACGUGACUUUAAUAGCUCGAUCUACUUGACAGCAUUAUUCUUCCUGUUCAGAGCUGUGAACACCUUGUCAUGGACCCCCUUUUGUUGUCUUAAGAUUUUUAAGUGGGCUUUGAGCAGUUAUUUAUUACACUUUAAUUUUGUGUUUGCUUGAUGGUAUGACAAUGCAUGGUCUUUGCAUGCUGCUAGCAGAUAUGUUUUUCUUUUUCAACAAAACAGAAUAUUUUAUUGUGUAAUUUUUACAUUUAUAAUUUUACUAUGGAAGAUCUGGAUUAAACUUAAAAAAAAUCUGGAUCCUAAUGUAAAGGAAGCACUUAGAAGUUUCAUGUUCUGCACUUAAACUAGAGAGAGGAGCUUUUGUUUGCUUGUGAAAUGCUAAUUCUUGUUCUGACCUUCUGUGAUAACUAAAAUAUGUGAUAUGUGGCAUACUUCUAUGUGUCUGAAACAGAACCAAAGCAAUAAUGUUUUGAUGCUGAAAACUCUUCAGGGAGCUUUCAGAUGUUCCAAGGCUUGUACAAAGCAAAGAUGCACUGAAAAUUAGUGAUCUUGAAAUAUGAUUUUAAACCCACACCUAUUUGUCUUAAGCUAUGAUAUGGAUAAAGUUGUGGCUCAAAAAUCAAACUGAAAAGAUCUUGUUUUGCUAGAGGCAGUUUUCCUUAAAAAAAAAA